AUGCUCUUCUUCUUCGUUUUACCCAUCUUUUUGGUCUCUCAGUCAGUCCUGGUCGCAGCCUGGGCUGGUCAGGAACCUGCGCUUCCACACGGCCGCCCCGAGCACCCCUUGAAGAAAUGUGUGGUGCGGGCUAACCGUAACGGUUCUGACGACGCCCCAGCCAUACGUCGAGCAUUCGACAAGUGCGGCUCCAAUGGAAAUGUCAUUUUCGAGAAUACGACGUACUAUGUCAACAGUGUGCUCAAUACAACUAAUCUGUUUAACUGUCAGGUUGACAUAUAUGGAACCUUGCAGUGGAGCAAUGACAUAUCCUACUGGCUCAAUCACUCAAUGCCAACUGGAUAUCAGAACCAGUCCACCGUUUGGUUCCUGGGUGGUAGAUAUGUCAACGUCCAGGGUCAUGGCUACGGAACGUUUGAUGGCAAUGGCCAGGCCUGGUAUGAUUUAGUCAAAGGGCAAUCAAAUUAUCCAAACCGACCGAUGGCUUUGACAAUUUGGGAUGCUAAAGACUCUGUAUUUGAGGGUAUUCGGUUCCUCCAGGCUCAGAUGUGGACUGUAACAAUCAUGUACUCAGAGAGGGUGUUACUGCAAGAUAUUCACGUUAUUAACAUCAGUAGCAACAAGAACCCAGCUCGAAAUACGGAUGGUGCCAAUACCAUGUUUUCCGACAACAUCACCUUCCGCCGCUGGACUGUCAAUAAUGGCGAUGAUUGCAUUGCGAUGAAGGCCAAUUCAACCAAUAUUCUCAUCGAGGAUGCAACCUUCUAUAACGGCGAAGGCAUUGCCCUUGGCAGCAUUGGUCAGUAUAAGGGCCAAUUUGAGACCAUUGAGAACAUCACAGUGCGCAACAUUCUUUGCAACAAUACAAAGUACGCAACGCGAAUUAAAACCUGGACCGGUGACCAAGUGGGAUAUCCUCCAAAUGGUGGCGGUGGGGGCCUGGGUUACUGCAGUAACUUCACCACCUUAGGCAUUACCACCAACCCAAUUCUCAUUAAUCAAUGCACAACUUACAACGGUGUUACUGGAAACUGCAGCUCCUCGCUAUUCCAGAUCUCCGAUUUCUCAGCUAUGGAUUACCGAGGCACCAGCGAUUCAAGUUACAUCGCGAAGCUCCAGUGCAGCAGAGCAGCUGGUGGUUGUGGCAGAAUUCGCAUCGAGAAUAUUGACAUUGAAAACAUUUCUGUUGAUCCGCCAGUCAACGCAACCAAGUACUCCUGUUCAAAUGUGAAUAACCCCGUUGGGUUCAGCUGCUAG